UAUCAACCACAUCAUGUCCCCCUUCAGUUUACCACUAUUUUCUUUGCUAAUCCUCUUCAUCACCAUGAUCACUGGAACCACGCAACCAUACAAAGCUACCGAUUACUUCUUCCUCGACUGUGGCUCAUCCUCCACCAACACUUACAGCCAGAAAUGGGACCGAGAUAACAAAGACAACUUUUUCCCUUAUUCCACCACGCGAAUCCUUAAAACCACUUCGUUCACCUACACUUUUCUUGUCACUAAAGGUCCAAAAUUCCUUCGACUCUAUUUCAAUCCAGACACAUACUCCAGCCGCAAUCCAAACCCGCCUUUCUUCUCUGUAUCAUCCAACGGCUACUCUCUUUUAACCAACUUCAGUGCUUCGUUAACUACUUCAUUUCUGGCUAAGACCCACUCUUCCCAGGUAAUUCCCUACUUUGUCAAAGAAUUCCUUAUCCAUGUAAACAAUACACAAAUCCUAAAUGUUACGUUUACUCCCUCGCCUAACUCGUAUGCCUUCAUCAACGCUAUUGAAGUUGCUUCAAUGCCUGAAAAUCUGUAUUUUAAUGCUAAGACUCCUAAAUACAUUAAUCAGCUUAAAGGACCAGUUAUUGGUAACAACACCGCCCUUGAAAACAUUUACAGGCUAAACAUGGGUGGGGGACAAAUAUCUGGUUGCAAUGAUACCGGUAUGUUCCGAUCAUGGGAUCCAGAUAAUAACUACAUCUACGGACCAGGGACAACGCAGGUUUAUGAUACUCCCAUCAGGUAUACCAUGGAUACACCGAAUUAUACCGCACCUGAGCUGGUUUAUCAAACCCAAAGGAGUAUGGGCAAGCGGGCCAACAAAUACAAUCUAACUUGGAUACUUCCUGUUGAUUCUGGAUUUUAUUACAUGCUCCGGCUCCAUUUUUGCAACAUUAUACCAAGAUACACCGAAAUCGGUCAGGUUGUUUUUACAAUCUUCAUUAAUAACCAAACUGCUGAGCAGGAUGCUGAUCUAUUCUAUUGGACGCAAGGUAGCGGGUAUCCUGUGUACAAGGAUUAUAUUGUGUUUGUCAAUGAUCUCGAUGGCCACCAAAGCAGGCAAGAUUUGUGGCUUGCAAUGCAUCCUAGUCCUUAUAAACAUCAAUAUGCCGAUGCUUAUUUAAAUGGUUUAGAAGUUUUCAAGUUAAGCAAGGACCAUAAUCUUUCAAGCCCAAACCCGAAACUUAGUCUAGGCAACCUACAACAAAGUUCCAUUAUAGAAGGGAACAACAAGACUCCAUUAUAUGCCAUAAUAAUUGGUGUUUGUGGAAUUUUAGUCUUGUUGUCUAUUGUACUUAUAGUUUUACUGCAAAAAAGGGGAGUCAAACACCACAAUACCACCUGCGAUCAGCAAUCACAGGCUCAAAUUUCUAGCGAUGCAACACUGCCAUCAAAUCGUUGCCGUCGAUUUACACUUCAAGAAGUCAAAACUGCUACCAAUGAAUUUAAUGACAAUUGUUGCAUUGGCGGCGGAGGGUUCGGUAAGGUGUAUAAAGGGUACAUGGACAACGCUACAACCACCGUAGCAGUUAAACGCCUCAACCUGUCAUCCAGCCAGGGUUUACGAGAAUUCAUAACAGAAAUAUUGUUAUUAUCUAUACUACGCCACGUCCAUCUAGUGUCUAUGAUCGGAUACUGUGAAGAUGAUGGAGAAAUGGUACUUGUGUAUGAAUACAUGGCCCAUGGGACUCUACAGGAACAUCUCUACAACACGAACAAACCUCCUCUCUCAUGGAAAAGACGUCUCGAUAUUUGCAUUGGUGCAGCCAAAGGGUUGCAUUAUCUCCACUCGUGUGAAAAGCGUGCAAUAAUUCAUCGGGAUGUCAAGUCCACAAAUAUUUUACUGGAUGAAAACUGGGUUGCUAAGGUGUCUGAUUUUGGUUUAUCAAAGCUAGGCUCCAAAGAUCCAUUAAAAGCACAUGUUAGCACCGCGGUUAAGGGUAGUUUUGGGUAUAUAGAUCCUGAAUAUUGCCGAACCAAACAAUUGACAGAGAAGUCUGAUGUGUACUCAUUUGGAGUGGUUCUUUUCGAAGUGUUAUGUGCAAGACCGGCUGUCAUUCAAUGUGCGAGAGACGAACAAGUGAGCUUAGCAGAAUGGGCCAAGAGUUGUAAUCGAAAGGGAACACUACAAGAAAUCAUUGAUCCAAAACUUAGAGGUGAGAUUGCUCCUGGGUGUUUAAGGAAGUUUGGAAAGGUAGCAAGUAGUUGCUUGCAUGAGGAAGGGAGAGAAAGACCUGCAAUGGAGGAGGUGGUUUGGGGACUACAGUUUGCACUGGAACUACAAGAAUGGUCAUGAGACAAUAUCACAAAAUCAAUAAGAUUCAGUGACUAGUAGGUACUCCUAUUAUACAGGUGAAAUUUUCUUUUCACUUAAAUAUCCUAGUAAUUAAUAGGAUUUCAGGUUAAA